AUGGAACUUACAGGAAGCUUAGCUCCAUUUUGGCCUUCUUCUAUCCUUCUUCUUCAUGUCUUUUUCUUAUUUUUUAUAACCAUAUUAUGCCCACAACAAGCUGAUUGUCUCACUCAAUUGGGAAACGAGACUGAUAAGCUUGCUCUCCUGGAAUUCAAUGCCCAGAUAACCAAUGACCCAAAUGGCUUCUUCAGGUUAUGGAAUGAUUCUGUUCACUUCUGCAAAUGGCAAGGAGUUGCUUGUGGCCGCAAACAUCAGAGAGUUAGGUCUCUAGAUCUCAACGACUUGAGCUUGUCAGGGACCGUAUCACCUCAUGCAGGAAAUCUUACUUUCUUGAGGUACUUGGGUCUUGCAAGCAACAAUUUCCAUGGAGAAAUUCCUAAAGAAAUUGGUCAGCUAUUCCGCUUGAGAAUUAUCGAAAUGCGGAACAACUCAUUGAGUGGUGAAAUUCCAAGGGACAUCAGCAACUGCUCAGAGCUCAGGAUUAUGAGCUUGAUUAAGAACAACUUAGCAGGGAAUAUACCAUCUCAGCUAGGCUCUUUAAAGAAGCUUGUAGUUCUUUAUCUGGGCGGAAAUAAACUCACAGGAGAGAUCCCACAUUCCCUUGGCAAUCUUUCAUCUCUCCAAGACUUUUUCUUAUCAGAAAAUCAUUUGCAGGGAAAGAUUCCGACAGGAUUGGGACAGUUAAGGAACUUAACAGUCUUUACUGUCGGAGCAAAUAAUCUGAGUGGUACAAUACCUCCUGCUCUUUACAAUAUCCCAUCUAUCACUACCUUUGAGACGACAAAUAAUCAAUUCACUGGAAGUCUCCCAGCAAACUUGGGCCUAACUCUGCCGAACUUGCAAGAACUGUUCUUUGCUCAAAAUGAAUAUUUUGGAAGUAUUCCAGAAUCAUUGGCCAAUGCUUCUCGGCUUCGGCUUAUUGACAUCUCGAACAACAGUUUCACAGGGCAAUUCCCAACCGAUCUGGGAUAUCUCAAGGGACUUGAAUCGCUUCAUUUGGAGUUCAAUUUCUUUGGCAGUAACACAAGUCAAGAUUUGAGUUUUGUACCAUCUCUUGCCAACUGCAGCAAUCUGCAACAACUAUAUUUUGAUGGAAACAAUUUUGGUGGUGCAUUGCCUAGCUCCAUUGGCAAUCUGUCUAAUCUUGUGCAGUUAGGCUUCGGACGGAAUCCAAUAUCAGGAACAAUCCCAGAAGAGGUAGGCAAUCUUGUCAAUUUGUAUCGAUUAGAUAUGGAUAGAAACUUUUUUUCUGGUAGUAUCCCCAUUUCUUUUGGAAAGUUACAAAAGCUGGAAAGGCUAACUUUAAAUCAAAAUCUACUUUCCGGAGAAAUACCAGCUUCCCUGGGUAACAUUACCAAGCUAUAUUGGCUUGAAUUAGAAGGAAACAAAUUCCAAGGAAAUAUAACCCCAAGUCUUGGAAGCUGCAGAAAUCUUCGUUUCCUAGAUGUCUCAAGAAAUAAACUCACAGGCUUCAUACCCAGAGAAAUCCUUGGCCUUUCUUCUCUAUCGGAAACUCUUAACUUAUCACAGAACUCAUUGACAGGUCCCUUGCCCUUAGAAGUUGGCAGCUUGAGAAGUAUUAAUGCAUUAGAUGUCUCAGAGAACAAACUCUCUGGGGAAAUUCCCCGAACAAUAGGUGACUUAUCUAGGCUAGAAAUCCUUAACAUGCAGGAGAAGCUUUUGUUCUUGCAAUAUUUGAACCUUUCUUUCAAUAAUUUUGAGGGUGAGGUACCAAAAACUGGAGUUUUCAGCAAUGCAAGUGCAUUUUCCCUUGUUGGAAAUAAAAAUCUUUGUGGAGGUAUCCCAGAAUUUCAGCUGUCAGCUUGUCCUGGCAAAGAAGAAAAACUCAGAAGGCCUUCCAUUGUCAUAGUCCUCACUACAACUAUCAGUUCAUUUAUCCUUGUCGUGAUAGCUACGUCCUUUUAUCUUUUCUACCGACGAAAGUCAAAAAGGAAUCCCAUUUCCUCGCCUUUUAUGGUGGAUAAGCUUCCUCAAAUUUCAUAUGGGGAGCUCUUGAAAGCAACUGAUGGAUUCUCUUCAGAAAACUUGAUUGGACAAGGAAGUUUUGGCUCAGUAUAUAAAGGAAGUCUUGAUCAGCAAGGACAAGGUUUGGUGGCUGUAAAGCCUAGCAAUAUUCUUCUUGACAAUGACAUGACUGCUCAUGUUGGUGACUUUGGAUUAGCAAGGGUCAUUUCUGAAAGCACCAGCAACUCUUCUCAAAGCCAAAUCUUCUCAACUGGUAUAAAGGGAACAAUUGGCUACAUGGCUCCAGGUAAUAUUUUCCACACUUCUUUCUUCUUUAAUAGACACAUAUGGAAAGAGAUGUUCACAGGAAAGAGACCAACGCAUGAAAUUUUCACAGAUGGUUUAGAUCUCCACAACUUUGUUAAGGCAAAGCUCCCAGGACAAGUCAGGCAGGUUGUGGAUCCCACAUUAUUCACUCCAGGAGAAGUGGAGGCAGCUACAACGGCAGCAGCAGAAAAUAUGGAUGAUUGUGAAUGUAUUGAGGAUAGUGUAGAAGAAUGUGUUGUAUCAGUGCUUCAAAUUGGACUGGCAUGCUCUGCAGAAGUUCCACAAGAUCGAAUGAAUAUGAGGGAUGUAACAAGCAAACUAAAUUCCAUCAGGGUUUCCUUCACAGGGACCAGAAACUAG